UUUCCGGGGAGCUGCUUGAGCCCUUGGCUGCCUACGCCCUUCGAAGUGCGGCCGGCCGCCCCCUCCCCCGAGACAUGGAUGCCCUGGAACUUGCCAGAAAGCUGCAGGAGGAGGCCACGUGCUCCAUCUGCCUCGAUUACUUCACGGACCCCGUGAUGACGGCCUGCGGCCACAACUUCUGCCGGGAGUGCAUCCAGCUAACCUGGGAGAAGGCUAAGAGCAGGAAAGGGGGCAAGAAGAGGCGGGGCUCCUUCCCCUGCCCCGAGUGCCGCGAGCUGUCCCCUCAAAGGAACCUGCGGCCCAACCGCUUGCUGACCAAGGUGGCCGAGAUGGCGCGGCAGCACCCGGCUUUCCAGAGGCGGGACCUGUGCAGGGCGCACCAGGAGCUGCUGAAGCUCUUCUGUGAGGACGACCAGAGCCCCAUCUGUGUCGUCUGCAGGGAGUCCCGGGUGCACCGGCCCCACAGGGUGGUCCCCAUAGAGGAGGCUGUGCAGGAGUACAGGUUGAAGCUGGAGGCGGACAUGGGGCACUUCCGGGAGGAGUUGAUGAAGACGGGGAAGCUGCAGGCCAGGGAGAAACAGGCCUUGGCUGAGUGGCAGGUGAAGGUUAGGGAGCAGAGACAGCGCAUCCUGGUGGAGUUUCAAAAGAUGGGCCUCCUCCUUGUGGAGGAGGAGCAGCGUGUCCUCCAGGCCCUGAAGGAGGAGGAGGAGGAGGUGGUGGCCAAGCUGCAGGAGAGCUCAACCACCCUGGAGAGGCAGAGCCACGCCCUGGAGAGGCUGCUGCUGCAGCUGGAGGACAGGAAUCAGCACACACCCCUGCAGAUGCUGCAGGACAUGAAGGAGCUCCUGAGCAGGAAGAAUAGCCUGAGUGUCCAGUACCCGGAGGCCACCCCGACCGUGCUGAGGACCGUCUGCAGGGUCCCUGGGCAGAUAGAGGUGCUCAAGAGUUUUCAAGAGGAUGUGGUGCCGGACCCCACCACCGCAUACCCCUACCUCCUGCUGUAUGAGAGCCGGCAGAGGCGCUACCUGACGCCGCCCCUGGGCGGCGUGCCCCCCAGCAAGGACCGAUUCCUGGCCUACCCCUGUGCGGUGGGCCAGCAGACCUUCUCUUCCGGCAGGCACUACUGGGAGGUUGGCAUGAACCUCACGGGCGAUGCACUCUGGGCACUGGGCGUGUGCAGGGACAACGUGAGCCGCAGGGACAAGGUCCCCAAGUCCCCUGAAAAUGGGUUCUGGGUGGUGCAGUUGUGCAAGGGGAAGAAGUACCUGCCCGUCAUGGCCGCCCCAACCCCCGUCACGCUGGCCGAGCCCCCCAGCCACAUGGGGGUCUUCCUGGACUUCGAGGCAGGGGAGGUGUCCUUCUACAACCUGAGGGAUGGCUCCCACCUGCACACCUACGCCCAGCGUGAAUUCUCCGGCCCCCUGCAGCCCUUCUUCUGCCUCGGGGCCCCCAAAUCAGGCCAGAUGGUCAUCUCUACAGUGACCCUGUGGGUGAAGGGCUAGGGGCAGAGGCUGGGGCAAUGUGGGCAGCCAGUGUUUCCUGGGAAGGUGGGACCGCGCAGCUCAGCGCAGGCCACCUGCCAGGUUUCUUUCUUUCUGCUGGCACCUUGGUGAGCCCCCAGCCGUGCAAGGCACUUUCACUAAAAUGAAACAUAAUCCCGAUUAAAGCAGUUAAUGA